UCACGAGCUCGCAUUUAACGAGUUUAAUUUCCAAUCAGGAAAAUGUUACGGAUCUGUACAGUGUAAAAGACCUUGGAGCUAAUAAAGAAUGGAAAAUGGAUUUUAUACCAUAAAGGAUACAAUAAGAUACUAUGAGAAAUUGUUCGGAAAUAUUGAAUUUAGCAAUAGAAAGAUGGCGUUUCGGAUGAGGUCCUCCAAAUUUCGACACAUUUACGGAGAUGCCCACAGGAAAGAGAAAUGCUACGAGAACAUACGAUUGACGAGAAACGCACAUGACAGUAACUUUUGCGCUGUUAAUCCAAAAUAUCUUGCCGUUGUGACGGAGUCAUCUGGUGGCGGAGCUUUUGUUGUAUUACCUUUAGCAAAAACUGGUAGAGUAGAUAUAAAUGCUCCGAAAGUUUGUGGCCAUGCUGGUGGUGUGUUAGAUAUAAAAUGGAGUCCAUUUCAUGAUGAUGUGAUAGCAUCCGGUUCAGAUGAUUGCACUGUGAAAGUUUGGCAGAUUCCAAAUGGUGGCUUGAUAUCUAACCUAAGCGAGUGGCAGGUAGAUUUACAUGGCCACGGUAGACGUGUAACGUAUAUAGAAUGGCAUCCCACUGCAGAUAACAUUAUACUCAGUGCAGGACUGGAUUACAAGUGUAUUAUAUGGAACGUGGAGCAAGCAGAACCUGUGAAUGUGAUCAACUGUCACAAUGAUAUUAUACAGUCAAUAUCAUGGAAUCGUGAAGGCAGCCUCUUCUCUACAACAUGCAAGGAUAAAACUUUAAGAAUUAUUGACCCGCGUGUUGGUGAUUGUGUAGCUGAAGUCAAUGAUGUGUUCAAAGGUGUGCGUCCUAUGAAAAGUGUGAUGCUAGGGGAUACGGGUAAAGUGUUUUGUACAGGUUUCCAAGGUAACGGUGAACGGGAGAUGGCAAUUUGGGAUAUAAAAAAUAUGAAGAAUGCUUUGACAAGAAAAACUGUAGAUAACUCUAACGGAAUAUUGAUGCCCUAUUAUGAUCAUGAUACAAGAGUUGUCUUCCUUGCUGGAAAGGGUGAUGGUAAUAUACGGUACUACGAGUUAACAGAUGAGUCGCCAUAUUGUCAUUUUCUAAAUGUUUACGGAUCGUCUUCCCCACAACGAGGCCUUGGAGUGAUGCCAAAGAGAGGCUGUGAUGCCAGUCGAUGUGAGAUAAUGAGGUUCUACAAGCUACAUGCUGCUCGAAACUUUGUCGAACCAUUGUCCAUGAUUGUCCCUAGAAAGUCUAACAUUUUUCAUGAUGAUAUUUUCCCUCCAACCGCAAGUGCAAUACCGUCAUUAUCAGCUGAUGAAUGGAUCAGUGGACAGAACCGAGAACCGAUAUUGAUCUCAAUGAAGGACCAGCAUGUUGUGAAUGAUCCCUCAUACACCCCAUCACGGGCUGGCGUUCCCCAGGACGGAGCUCUAAAUGAGGCCCCUACUAUAACAACAUACCGUGCUGUAAGUUCGUCACAAAAUGGAGGAUCUGGUGAACCUGCGAAGAUCCCGGCCUCGUUAAAAAACAUAAAACGUCUGAGUACAUGCGAGGAUGUUGUCACUUUAACCCCAUCUAGUCAAACCAGUGUUGAAAGGGCACCACCAAACACCAAUCAAUCUUCGUCACCCUCAAUAGUAGAUUCCCAGUCAGACAAGGCUUUUGUAAACAGUAAAAUUGCUGCUUUUGAAAAUAAAGGUUCAAAUAACAACACAGGUGAGGUUGGGACAUCACCAAGCAGACGACAAUUUGAUCGCAGAUCUUGGUCCACGAGUCAGGAAAACCCUCCAGAUGUCAUAGCCAAUGGUAUCAAGGGAACAAAUGAAUCUUCAAAGGGUCCAAACAGACCAGUCAAUAUAAAGAAUGCUGCCCAGUAUUUUGAACAUAGAGAGAUUCAAAUAAUUGACAUUCAAGAUAGAGAAAACACCAAAAAGUUAGAAAACCGCCAAAAAGAUGGAAAGAAUGCCAAAUCAUUGCCUGUCCGUUCUACUCCUGCUGGUAGAUUGAUACUAGGGGAGGUAAAUGAGCACAGAUCUAAGCAGCCAGCACAUAAGAUACAUGUAAAGAAAACAUGGUCGCCAAUUAAACCACCUAGUAAUCCAAUGUGGGAGGAUAUGGGUGACGUUCCUAACACUGAUCCCGAGUUGAGGAAAGCAUACUUCCAACAAGCCCAGGAGAUUAAGGCUUUGAAAGAGCAACUGGCCUUGAAAGAUAAAAGAAUUCGACAACUUGAAGAUGAGGCAAAUUUAUUGAAAAAAUCUGCAAAUGAGGAAAGCAAUUGCUGACAGUAUAUUUGAAAAAGGAAUAUUUGAAAAAGGAAUGUUUGAAAAAGGAAAAAAACUUGUAAUUUUACACCUGACAGUUGAUGUUUAACAUUGUUUUAAGUUGGUGAAAUAGAAUAGUUUUUGGGGGAUAAUUCCCCACAGCUUUACAGCUUUGGAGAAAAUCCUCCAACGCUUUCUUAAAUAAUGUUUCUUUUACAGGUAUUAAAUCAUUUUAAAAACAUUUGUGAAAGGUCACUGAAGUCAAGUUUACAGUUUUUGUUAUAAGUUUUAUAACCAAAGGUUUGUUUAGUCACAGUUUAUGUUAUAAGUUUUAAAACCAAAGGAUUGUUGUUGUUUUUUUUACUUUGGAGAGUCAACUACAUUGUAUAUUGGUUUAUAUUUUGAUUUGUUCAACAAAAUUAGUUUCACCAUAUCAUAAAAGACAUUUUAGGUUAAUCAGGGUUGUUUAUUGUAAGGGACAUUCAUGCAAGCAAACUGUAAAUAGGUUGCUUAAGGUUGGUUUACAAAGUGUCACAAUAUUUUACAUGUAUAUAGAUAAGUUUAUUCUUGCUUUUUGCUAAAUGAACCAAUGCCAAAAAGGUUUAUUGAUUCAUCAUUCUUUUAUUGAUUUAUCAUUUCUUUAUUGAUUCAUCAUUCCUUUAUUGAUUUAUCAUUCCAAUUCAUAUUCUACAGGCAUCCCAUAUUAUAAGGGCUGUACCACUUACAUAUAUGCAAAACAAUGUUUACCAUUCCAUGUGGGGGAAGCAAAGGCUUUGUGUAUGUAAAUAUAUGUAAUACAAUCUCUGCUUAGCAACCCCCUGUACAGAAGACAGUUACUUUGGUUGUUACUUAGAGGGGUUGCUCUGGAGAGGUUAGAUUUAUUGUAAAGUCUUGCACAUAUUUGUUGUCUACAGAAGGCUAUUAUAUAGAGGUUUUACUGUACAUUUUGUCGGAGAUUACAUAAAUCAUGCUUCAUUUAAUACAUCAGUUAGGACUUUGAGUUAAAUCCAUUAUUUGUAGGUCUUGUUUUUAAUUUUUUUCAAUAUAAUAAGGGUCCAGCUAUAGUUUUAUGCAUUCCGUUAUUAGAGGGCUUUGCAAUGCAAAUAUUGGGUCCAAUAUUAUUUUGGUUUUGCAUUCCAUUAUUAAAGGAUGUUGCAAUGCACAUAUUUGGCUCAACAAUAUUGGGAUCUGGCUAUAGUUUUUGCAUUCCAUUUAUAUAUAGGGCACUGCAAUGCACAUACUAAGCACAACAUUAUUUUAUUUUGGCAGAAAAGUUUUGCAUUGCAUUAUUAAAGGGCACUAUUAUGCAAAUAUUUGGUUCAAUAUUAUUGGGGUCUGGCAGAAGAGUUUUACAGUCCAUUAUUAAAGUGCACUGCAAUGCACUGAUUAGUCCAAUAUUAUUGGGGACUGGCAGAAAAGUUUGCUUUGCUAUUUUAAAGGGCGUUUUAAUGCACAUAAUGGCUCAACAUUACUGCAGUCCUGCUAUAGAUUUUGCAUUCCAUUUAAAAAGGGCACUGCAAUGUCAUCAUUGGUCCAAUAUUAUUCAAUAUUAUAAGGGUCCAGAUACAGUUUUUGCAUUCCAUUAUCAAAGGGUAUUUGCAAUGCACAUUUGUUCUAAUAUUGUUGGGAUCUGGCGGAAAAGAUUCCAUUAUUAAAGGGCAAUGCAGUGCUCAUAUUGGCUCAAUAUAACUGUGUUCUGUUAUAGUUUUUGCAUUCCAUUAAUAAAGGGCACUGCAAUGCACACAUUUGGUCCAAAAUAAUUAGGCCCCUGCUAUAGUUUUUGCAUUCUAUUUUUAAAGUGCACUGCAAUGCAAAUAUUUGUUCCAAUAUUAUUGGGGUCUGGCAGAAGAGUUUUGCAUUCCAUUAUUAAAGUUUAUUGCAGUGAGGUCUCUAACAUUUUUAGGGCCUGGUAAAAGUUAUUUGUUGUUUUUUUUGUCCCAGAAUUACGUUGUCAGAACAAUGUGCAUUCCAGCAUAAUAAAUAUCUGGCAUUGGUAUAUUGUUACAUUCCAAUAGUUUAUAUAACAGAUGAUGGUGUGGGGUUUUGUUGUAUGCUAAUAAACCGCCUGAGAAAACAUACAGAGUUAAAUAUUGGUAGAUUCUUGCAAGAGUAUUUUAGGUACAAUAACAAUGCUUUGUUUAUCAUAUGAACCACAUUUCUAUAUUGUUAGCUCACCUGUCACAAAGUGACAGGGUGAGCUUUUGUGAUCGCUUUUCGUCCGGCGUCCGUCCGUCCGUAAACUUUUACUUUAAAUGACAUCUCCUCAUAAACCACAGGAAUGUUCCUUUGGUGGUCACCUUUAAAAAUUGUUCAAAGAAUUUAAUUCCAUGCAGAACUCUGGUUGCCAUGGCAACCGAAAGAAAAAACUUUAAAUAUCUUCUUUUAAAAAACCAUAAGAGCUAGAGCUUAGAUAUUUGGCAUGAAACAUCUUCUAGUGAGUGUCUACCAAGUUUGUUCAAAUAAAAGCCCUGGGGUCAAAAUUGGCCCCGCCCCGGGGGGUCAUUCAUUUUCCCUAUAUGCAUAUAGUAAAAACUUAAAAAAUCUUCUUUUAAAGAACCCAAAGAGCUAGAGCUAAGAUAUUUAGCAUGAAACAUGUUCUAGUGGGUGUUUACCAAGUUUGUUCAAAUAAAAGCCCUGGGGUCAAAAUUGGCCCCGCCCCGGGGGGUCAUUGAUUUUCCCUAUAUGCAUAUAGUAAAAACUUAAAAAAUCUUCUUUUAAAGAACCAAAAGAGUUAGAGCUAAGUUAUUUAGCAUGAAACAUGUUCUAAUAAGUGUCUACCAAGUUUGUUCAAAUAAAAGCCCUGGGGUCAAAAUUGGCCCCGCCCUGGGGGGUCAUUGAUUUUCCCUAUAUGCAUAAAGUAUAAACUUAAAAAAUCUUCUUUUAAAGAACUCAAAGAGCUAUGGCUAAGAUAUUUAGCAUCAAACAUGUUCUAAUAGGUGUCUACCAAGUUUGUUCAAAUAAAAGCCCUGGGGUCAAAAUUGGUACCACCCGGGGGUCAUUGAUUUUCCUUAUAUGUGUAUAGCAAAAACUUAAAAAAUCUUCUUUGAAAAAACCCAAAUAGCUAGAGUUAAGAUAUUAAGCAUGAAACAUCUUUUAGUGAGUGUCUACAAAGUUUGUUCAAAUAAAAGACCUGGGGUCAAAAUUGGCCCCGACCCGGGGGUCAUUGAUUUUCUUUAUAUGUGUAUAGCAAAAACUUGAAAUCUUCUUUGAAAAAACCCAAAUAGCUAGAGUUUAGAUAUUAAGCAUGAAACAUCUUCUAGUAAGUGUCUACAAAGUUUGUUCAAAUAAAUUGGGGGGCCUAUAUACAGGUGAGCGACCUCAGGGCCAUCAUGGCCCUCUUGUUUUAAAGAUAUUCUUGUAUGAAAUCUCUUUUGAAAAAUCUUUUUUUUAAAUAACCCAACGUUAUAAUGAAGAAAUACUUAAAGGGACUCCACUGAGGUUUUUUUACAUGACGGGACUUGAAAUAUUUUUCACAAGAUUUCUAUACAAUUUAAUGUAGGACUGAUCUAGUAACUUGAAUGCCAAUUUUCAGAUUAUUCCUUUAUUUAGUUUUUCCAGAAUCAUCAUUUUGAUUGCGUAAAAUGUCUUUAGAUGGAAAAGUGUUACAAUGCUUCUCACUCAAAUCAGACUAAGAAUCAAACAAAAAAUUAAUUUUUUUUUAUUUAAUUUUUAGCAUAUUUCUUUUAAUAUUAUCCUUUUCAGAUUUUUCCAAUUUAAGCGCCUCACUUUAUCGAUGUAAGAAUUUCUUAUUUUAUGUUUUUUGACUUCUGUGCCUCAGUGGAGAGCUAUAAUGUUUGGGGAAUGACUUACACAUAAUAGAUGGACAGUAUAUGUGAAUUAAACUAAUGAAUUUAAAUUUAGAUGAUGAAUUCUUACGGUUUCAGAUUCAGUUCACUUGUGUCUGAUUCAGAAAAGUAAGGAAAUUCAUGUAUUUAUGGCAUCAGUUUUAAUAUUUAAUGUUCAAAUUUUUUUCAAAGGAGGGGAGACUAGCAAUGGUUAUAAUAUUCUAGUAUAUAAAAUGUCUUGAUCUGUGUUCAUGUAUGUAAAAUAUACAAUAGUUUGCCUGACAUUGUUUCUCAUACAAGAACAUCAUUCAGUUUUGUCAUACAGGCAUGUGUCAUAAGUUGUCAUACAUAGAUAUAUAUAAACUAUAAAAAGAUCUGUUUCAAAUGUUUGUACAUACAUUUAUAUGUUUAUUGUUUGUUCUAUAUAGUGUUUAAGAUAAUUAAGAUUUGUUUAUAAACGUGUAAGAUACAAUUUUUGUGUUUAUUUGGUAACAGGUUUGGUUUUAUGUUAUAUAUACACUAGACUGAAGGGAACAAUAUCUUUGAAAAGGUUUUACCAGGCAUGUAGCUGAGGGCAUUGAAAUAAAAACACUUUGUUAGGGUUGUUAGAAGAAAAAAAACACCUUUACAAGUAAUGUUGUAUCUCAUUCUUGCAAUUUUAGCUUCUAAAAGGAACAAAAGCUUUUUGCCGCAAUUAUUGGCAUCAGUUAUGAUUCAUAAAAUAUAUAUAUUAUAUUUGUGGUAUUAUAUGCAUGUAUUCAAGAUUAGAUCUGACCCAAUUAUUCUGCAUAAAAUCUCAAAAAGAA